AUGGAAGACUACAGUUAUCUUGUCAAGAUGGCGGAGCCUGGUGAUGAGAAUUACUGGGCCCCCAAGGAUAUUGUUUACACUUCCAUUGUCGGAUUGGUGAUGUUGGCAGCCAUCCUCGAAUGGUUCCUAUGGAUUGCUGCAUUUCUGUACUGCCUAUGGAAGGUCUUCGUCAAGGCCGAGCACUGGUCCAUUCGAGUAUUGGCAGUCAUUGUUGGCAUCUUGUUCACUUGUUUCAGAGCAAUUUUCCUCCCAAUCAUGAUCGUCACUCUGCCUCUGCCCAGUGCUGUCGUAAAGUACUGGCCGACGAACAUGGUCGAUGUCCUUCAGUGGUUCGCUUUCUGGAGUUUUGCUGGUCUUCUGACCAUCCCAUGGCUAUUCUGCGUCUAUCAGCUUGUUACCAACCAGCUCGGACGAACGAAGAGAAUCAAGCAGGUUCUGGACGAAGUCUCGGCACCAAAGGUCGUUAUUGUUAUGCCCGUUUACAAGGAGGACCCUGAUGUUCUCGUUGUUGCCAUCAACUCCGUCGUCGACUGCGACUACCCGCCCUCAUGCAUUCACGUCUUUCUCUCGUUCGACGGUGACCAGGAAGACGAACUCUACCUGAACACUCUCGAGAAGCUGGGUGUCCCGCUGACGUUGGAGACAUACCCCAAGAGCAUCGACGUCUCAUACAAAUCCGCCCGUAUCACCGUCUCCCGAUUCCCCCAUGGCGGCAAGCGUCAUUGUCAGAAGGCUACCUUCAAGCUUAUCGACAAGGUUUACGAGCAUUACCUCAAGAGAAACGACAACCUAUUCAUCCUUUUCAUCGAUUCCGAUUGUAUUCUGGACCCUACUUGCCUGCAGAACUUCGUCUUCGAUAUGGAAAUGAGCCCUGGUAACCCCAGAGACAUGUUGGCCAUGACCGGUGUUAUCACGUCUACGACUAAGAAGUAUAGCUUGAUUACACUGCUCCAAGACAUGGAGUAUAUCCAUGGCCAACUUUUCGAGCGAACUGUCGAGUCCGGAUGUGGCGCUGUCACCUGCCUUCCCGGUGCUUUGACGAUGCUUCGAUUCUCUGCUUUCCGCCGCAUGGCCAAGUACUACUUUGCCGAUAAAGCUGAGCAGUGCGAGGAUCUUUUCGACUUCGCCAAGUGCCAUCUAGGCGAGGACCGCUGGCUGACGCAUUUGUUCAUGAUCGGAGCCAAGAAGCGAUAUCAGAUUCAGAUGUGUACCUCCGCCUUCUGCAAGACCGAGGCUGUCCAGACCUACAGAUCCCUUAUCAAGCAGCGUAGACGUUGGUUCCUGGGUUUCCUGUCCAACGAAGUCUGCAUGCUUACUGAUUGGCGUCUCUGGAAACGCUACCCUAUCCUGGUUCUGGUUCGAUUCAUGCAAAACACCAUUCGAACCACGGCUCUUUUGUUCUUCAUCAUGGUUCUCGCUAUCAUCACCACCUCCAAGAAGGUUGACAACUUGCCGGUCGGUUUCAUUGCAAUUUCUCUCGGACUCAAUUGGCUCAUGAUGUUGUACUUUGGUGCCAAGCUCCGUCGAUACAAGAUCUGGCUGUACCCGAUCAUGUUCAUCUUGAACCCCUUCUUCAACUGGUUUUACAUGGUUUACGGUAUCUUCACGGCUGGUCAGAGAACAUGGGGAGGCCCGAGAGCUGAUGCCGCCACUGCCGAUACUGGGACUACUGCUCAAGAGGCCAUUGAACAAGCCAAGGAAGGUGGAGACGAGCUCAACAUCGUGCCCGAAACGUUUAUUCCUGCCGCUGAGGCCCGAAAGGAAAGCAUCGCUGGCGGCAAGGGCAACAUGGGCCCCAUGGGCCGCAAGCACAGCGUCGUACAGCCGCCAUCGCAAAUCGAGGGACGCUUCGCUGCCAGAAAGAAGUCUGCAGCUGGAUUCUAUGUCAACGCUGACGACUCCCAAGUCACUGUUAACCGAUCCGGUCCUAGUGGUUUCGGUCCGGCAUGGGCUUUGCAGUCACGCGACUCGUUUGAUAGUAUGGUGUCGUCGCAGACCGCUGGCAACUCGGUCUACAUGCCCCGUCGUGUGGAGAGUAUCAUGGGUGAGGAGGAUCGCAAGAAGUACGAGCUUGCACAGCAGAGCCAGUUCAACCAGUUUUUGUCCAACUCUAAGCGAUUUGGAGCUCAGACCACAACCACUGGCCAGGUUUACGAAUAUUCCGAUGCUGAGAUGAAGAGAGGAGGAUUCCAAGACGUUCCGAUUCCGAUGGAUAAAGGCCAGGAGUACACCGACAAUGUCCGGAUGGGUUCUGUUGACAACAACUUUUCUGGACGGCCACAGUCUGGAGAAGGCCUGCCACGACAAGGGAUGAACGCAACACAUUCGGCCAGAGGCGGCCGUAGCCCUCUUGCGAGAGCUAGCUUGGUCCGCACGAUCCCUCUGGAAGAUGUCCAGUCUGAGGGUGAAAGCUCAAGCGGAGGCCAUGACAGCCGCGAUCACUCGCCCAAGAGAAGACAAAUGGAUAAAUUUGCAUAUCAUGGCGUUGAACGGGCUUUCAAUAAGGAAGUAGGAGAAGGUCAGGACGUCCGACAACACUGGUUUCGAGUACAACGCCUGACACGGCGGGGAUUGGAAAGCCCAUUUGACCAGAAAGCCAUUAGCAAUACUUACAUAAUGCAAUACAUUUUGGAGGCAUCCGUACUCUUGCAAGCUGACGACGUGAACCUGGGCCAAGUGACCGAGUCUGUGGACGGUUGGAAGCUCGUCGGGAAAGGAGAUGUAUUUGGUAAUCAUCGCGGCAUGGGCAUGAUGUAUUACCCAAUAGAGGGAGGCAGCAUAUUGUCUGGUCGCAUGCUUUACAAAACAAACUCGUGGGAGCAGCCUGACAUUGACGAGCCCCCAAGGAUGAUAGGCAUACUGUCGUUAUUGCCGAACAGGGAUGGCUUUGGCCAAAGGCACGAAGGAUGGAUUGAUUGCUUCGAAAGCGAGGCGAGACCAACGGCGAGCAAGCCCAUCUGCCUGCCAGCCUUACCUUACACGUGGAUGUGGUUCUUUGCUGUCUGCAUUGCCUCACUUCCGUGGGAGCCAGUUGGAGAGAGGGACGAUUGCAAGCACAAGAAAUCCACGGUGGUAGCGGAGUGGCACGAGAACGAAGGAGAAUCUUCUUUCCCAUUCGGCCUCCACUACUAUUUCAGCGCCCUGACACCGUCAAAAUUCCAUUUGGACAUCGUCGCCUUUUCCAAGGUACCUUACCUUACUCAGAGCGCACUGUCACAGCAAUACCGCCCCUUGCAAGCAAAGAAAACGUCCGCUAGAAGACGCUCCAGUUACAGAGCAUCGCACGCUAAACGUCUCGUCGAUGCCAUAGCCCAAACCCAGUGUACGGUACCGUGCCAAAAAAGGUACCUGACCGCCCUCCUUGCCUCACCAAUACCCCAAAGUAAAUCCGGUGUGGCCACGUACCUUACCGCUACCUGGACCUCCCCGGUCUUCCUUGUCCCGCCCACCUCAUCCACCUUUGUCGCCUGCCACUCACUACCUGACCUACCUCAGAGUACUUACUUGGUGUACAGCCCGGCCAGACUCUUCCUGGUUCUCUUGCAUAUUGACAAACUCUUAAACCUUGCAUUUGUCUGUACUCGACAUUUUCCUCCCCCCAACCUUUUCGACGAGACGACCUUUCGACUCGACCGCUUGCAAAUACCCUUCCCGCAAAACGUCCGCCGGACAAUCCUUGUUUACAAUAUCCUCACAGAAAGAACACUACCACCCAACAUGAGUGUCGUCGGUGUUGAUUUCGGAACCCUCAAGACGGUCAUUGCCGUCGCCAGAAAUCGCGGUGUCGAUGUGAUUUCCAAUGAAGUCUCCAACCGCGCCACGCCGUCUGUCGUUGGAUUCGGUCCCAAGUCGCGAUACCUCGGCGAGAGCGCCAAGACGCAAGAAAUCUCCAACCUCAAGAACACCGUCGGUUCCAUCAAGCGUCUUGCCGGCCGCGCCGCCAGCGACCCCGAUGCCCAGCUCGAACAGCAGUACAUUACCGCUCCCCUCGUCGAUGUCAACGGCCAGGUCGGUGUCGAGGUCUCGUACCUUGGCAAGAAGGAGAAGUUCUCCAACACCCAGCUGAUCUCCAUGUACCUCAGCAAGAUCAAGCAAACAACACAGGCUGAGCUGAAGCUUCCCGUUUCCGACUUGGUCAUGAGCGUUCCCGCUUGGUUCACCGACAUCCAGCGCCGCGCCAUCAUCGAUGCUGCCGAGAUCGCUGGCCUGAAGCUCCUCCGCCUCAUGAACGACACUACUGCUGCCGCUCUCGGCUGGGGUAUCACCAAGCUCGAUCUCCCCGCCCCCGAGGAGCAGCCCCGCCGUGUUGCCUUCAUCGACAUCGGCCACAGCAACUACACCUGCUCCGUUGUUGAGUUCAAGAAGGGUGAGCUGGCCGUCAAGGGUACCGCCUUCGACCGCCACUUUGGUGGCCGUGACUUCGACAAGGCUCUCGUCGAGCACUUGGGCAAGGAGUUCAACGGAAAGUACAAGAUUGACAUCCACUCCAACGGCCGCGCCAUGGCCCGCACCAUUGCUGCCGCCGAGAAGUGCAAGAAGAUCCUGUCUGCCAACCAGCAGGCCCCCGUCAACAUCGAGUCCAUCAUGAACGAUGUUGAUGUUUCCGCCAUGAUCACACGCCAGGAGUUCGAGGCCCUCGUCGAGCCUCUGCUGCAGCGCGUCCACAUUCCCCUCGAGCAGGCACUUGCCGAGGCCAAGUUGACCAAGGACGACAUCGACGUCAUUGAGGUUAUUGGUGGUGGCAGCCGUGUUCCCGCCCUCAAGGAGCGCAUCCAGGCUUUCUUCGGAAAGAUCCUGUCUUUCACCCUGAACCAGGACGAGGCCGUUGCCCGUGGCGCUGCCUUCAGCUGCGCUAUCCUGUCCCCCGUUUUCCGUGUCCGCGACUUCACUGUCCAGGACAUCAUGAGCUACCCCAUCGAGUUCGCCUGGGAGAAGGCUCCCGAUAUUCCCGACGAGGACACCAGCCUGACUGUCUUCAACCGCGGCAACGUUCUGCCCUCUACCAAGAUUCUUACCUUCUACCGCAAGCAGCCCUUUGAUCUUGAGGCCCGCUACGCCAAGCCUCAAGAUCUCCCCGGAAAGAUCAACCCGUGGAUUGGUCGCUUCUCUGUCAAGGGUGUUAAGGCCGACGGCAAGGACGACUUCAUGAUCUGCAAGCUGAAGGCUCGUGUGAACAUCCACGGCGUUCUUAACGUUGAGAGCGGCUACUACGUCGAGGACCAGGAGGUCGAGGAGGAGGUUAAGGAGGAUGAGAAGGACGGCGAGAAGAAGGACCCUGAUGUGAGUGUUGCGGCGUCUCGUUACGAACCCUUUUCUUCUGCCGACGUGCUUGAUAGCUUAGAGUCGCCGCUCAAACGCCGGCGCCAAGCUUUCGGCACGGAGUUGCGAUCUGUCCCGCCCCCGUCUUACGCCUUUGUCGAGGAUGAAGAGAUCCCGAAGCUAACAAUCUACUCACCUCAAAAGGCCAUGGAGACUGACAACAAGGAGGAUGCUCCCAAGAAGACCCGCAAGGUCAAGAAGCAAGUCCGCAAGGGCGACCUUCCCAUCGUCAGCGGCACAGCCUCCCUGUCCGACUCAGCAAGAACCGCCCUUUUCGAGAAGGAGUCUGCCAUGGUUAUGGAGGACAAGCUUGUCGCCGAUACCGAGGAGAAGAAGAACGAGCUCGAGACCUUCAUCUACGACCUUCGCAACAAGCUCGACGACCAGUAUGCCGACUUUGCCAGCGACGAGGAGAAGACCAAGAUCAAGGAGAAGCUCGAGGCGAGCGAGGACUGGCUGUACGAUGAGGGCGAGGACGCCACCAAGGCUGUCUACGUUGCCAAAAUUGACGAGAUCCGCGCCAUGGCUGGACCUAUCGUCCAGCGCCACUUCGAGAAGGUCGAGGAGGAGCGUCGCAUCGUUCAGGAGAGAGUCGAGGCUGAGAAAGCCGCCAAGAAAGCCGAGGAGGAGGCUCGCAAAGCUGCCGAAGCUGAGAAGGCUCCUCCGGCGGCUAAGGAUGAGGAGAUGACCGACGCCGACGCAAAGGCUGACGCUGAGGCCGAGGGCACGAAAUAG